ACUCGCUGUGCCAUGAAGGAGAAAAGCAAAAACGCUGCUCGGUCUCGGCGGGAAAAAGAGAACGCCGAGUUCCUGGAGCUGGCCAAACUGCUGCCCCUGCCGAGCGCCAUCACAUCACAGCUAGAUAAGGCUUCCAUCAUUAGAUUAACUACCUCGUACCUGAAAAUGCGCCAGGUGUUUCCCGAAGGCCUGGGGGAUGCUUGGGGCUCGCAGCAUGUGCCGAGCAAUCCCCGUGAUUUGGCCAUCAAAGAGCUCGGCUCUCAUCUGCUGCAAACGCUGGAUGGGUUCAUUUUCGUAGUGGCACCCGACGGCAAGAUAAUGUACAUCUCGGAGACGGCGUCAGUGCACUUAGGCCUCAGCCAGGUAGAGUUGACGGGAAACUCCAUCUACGAGUACAUCCACAACUACGACCAGGACGAGAUGACGUCGGUGUUAUCGUUGCAGCCCAACAUGUUUGCAUCCUCGACACCACCACCUCAACCAGCACAGCCACCGGCAGCAACCGUUACGGUUCAGUUCCUUGCUCAGCACCAUUCUAUGGGCAGCCCACCGCCCACCAUAGCAGUCGUUAGUCAAGGACAACCAUCGGAGUCACCUCCUCAAAACACCAACGGUGCACCCUCCUUAUCCCCUACGGUAUCAAUCCAUCCGCCACCAGUGCAACCGCACCUUGGUCCACCUCCUCAUGUUCCUCCAGGUCUUUCACCUUCGACCGGACAAAUACCUCCUCCCCAUCUAACAGCGAACGUACCUCCUCCAUCCGGACACCACCUUCAAACUACCGCCGGUGUAACACCUUCUCAUCAUCACCAUCACCCGUCGCAGCAUCACCACCAUCAUCACCAUCACCAUCACCACCACUUCAACCAGCAUCAGCAGUCGCAAACAAUCGAAAUCGAGCGGACGUUCUUCCUGCGGAUGAAAUGCGUGCUAGCGAAGCGAAACGCCGGUCUCACCAAUGCCGGUUACAAGGUCAUUCACUGUUCCGGAUAUCUAAAGGCUCGAAUAUACCCGGGAGAUUCGACGUACGGCGAUGGGCAUAGUUGCAUCCAAAACCUGGGGCUAGUUGCCGUUGGCCAUUCGCUGCCACCGUCGGCAAUCACCGAAAUCAAACUGCAUCAGAGUAUGUUCAUGUUCCGUGCCAGCAUGGAUCUGAAGCUGAUCUUUCUCGACCAAGGAGUACUGCAGUUGAUUGGUUACGAGCCGCAGGAAUUGAUUGAGAAAACACUAUACCAGUAUAUUCAUGCAUCCGACAUCCUGCACAUGCGAUAUUCUCACCAAAUACUGAUGUACAAGGGACAAGUGACGACAAAAUACUAUCGAUUCCUGACAAAGGGCGGCGGUUGGGCGUGGGUGCAAUCGUAUGCCACCGUCGUGCACAAUAACCGGUCUUCCCGGCCGCUCUGCAUCGUCAGCGUGAAUUAUGUGUUAAGUGAUCGAGAGGCACGCGAUCUACUUUUGAACGAGCUGCAGGGAUCUAUGAUUCCAAAGCCUGAAAGUCAAACACCGAUCGCUACACCAGCUACUGUAGCGGCUUCGGUGACACCGAUUUCACCGCCUCAACAUAUACCAAUGCAAUUGGCACAACAGCAACAUUCUGCAGUCGGACAGCAGACUCUACAACAACAGGCUCCAAUUCUGCCACCGCACAAUCCAUUGCUGGUGAAAGAAAUGUCCAACUAUCUGCAACUACACCAAUUCGAUGACGAAAACAGUCUUCAACAGAUGGUUCAAAACAAUGCCGCCAUGCACCAACAGCACUACCCCUCUCAGGCCAGCAGUCAGGAUUUCGAACACCAAUACAACAGUCAGGGUACUUUUAUAGUGGACUCAAACCAGUCCAUGUCUCAAGGAACAUCCAAUGAAUUUCUAGAGUCCUAUUAUGACCAGUUCUGUCAAACGUACGAUCCACAAGCAGAGAGUUCUAACAUUCUUCGGCCAUUUUCCGCAAGCUCUAAUAGUUGUAGUAGCUCAGACGGUGAAGCUCAUCUGAAUGCCACGUACAUCCCAACUACGGGGUUGAUACAACACCAGCAUCAAAAUCCGUUCGACGAGCUGAAUCAGCAAUUUGGUCUGAACUGUUUCAGCACCAACAGCAACAAUAAUAUCAAUAAUGGCGCACCUGCUAAUGGCCAUCUGAAUGGCCACAAUCACAACCUACACCAUCCGCAUGGUGUUGGGGGCACAACAGCGGAAACUGGCGCCAGCAGUACGACUCAUAAUAACAAUAACAACAAUCAUGACAAUGGGUUUUUGGAUGACUUCAAAGCUGGCCAUCAUCACCAACAGCAGAAUAAUCAUCAUCAUGGUAACAAUGGUCAUCAUAAUCACCACUCACAGCAUCACCACCACAGUCACCACAACGGGCCACAGUACACCAGUGUGAUUGUGGAACCACAAAACUAUCAUCUGCCUGUCACGCAAAAUGAGUUUGUGCAUUAG